AUGUAUUAUGAUUGUCGGUAUUUGUCCGCGUGUGAAGCGGCCUGGAGAAUAUUCUCUUUUGACAUAAAUUACAGAGAACCUUCGGUGGAACGCUUAAAUUAUCAUUUGGAAAAUGAGCAUUCAGUUUUGUACGAAGAAAACGACGACAUUGAACAAGUCAUUGAGAGAUCGCAUAGAAAAACUACAAAGUUUUUGGCUUGGAUGAAAGCAAAUGAAAAGUAUCCAGAAGCUAGAAAUUUGACUUACAAUCAAUUCCCGACCCAGUUUGUGUGGAAGGAAAAAGACCACGAAUGGACUCCUAGACGGUGUGGUUUUUCGAUAGGGCGGGUCCAUUUUGCUCCGCCUGGUUCCGGCGAAAGGUUUUACCUAAGAACUCUCUUGAAUUACAUCAAAGGUCUUACAUCUUUCAAUGACAUCAAGACGGUCGAUGAUGUCAAAUAUAAUACUUUCAAGGAAGCCUGCUUCGCUAUGGGGUUACUCGAUGAUGACAAGGAGUUUAUAGACGCGAUAAUUGAAGCCAGUCUUUGGGGCAUUGAUUUACGGUUGACUCAUGAGCAGUUGAAGGCGUAUGCGUUGGCCGAACUAGAAACGAUGUUGCAAAGUUUUGGAAAGAGUUUGUCUGAUUUUCCUCCAAUGCCAAAGGCGGAUGCAUCUUUAGUACCGGAUGUCGAGAGUAGGUUGAUUCACGAUGAGAUGAGUUAUAAUAGGCCUGUACUAGCUGCUCAACAUGACCGGAUGAUGUCAACCAUGACUUCAGAGCAACGUAAUGUAUAUGAUAAAAUAAUGACAAGAGUUAAGGAAGACAAAUCUGGGUUGUUCUUCCUGUAUGGUUAUGGUGGUACUGGGAAAACAUUUAUUUGGAGGGCUUUAUGUGCUGCUUUGAGGUCUGAUGGUGGGAUUGUUUUGGCAUGUGCAUCAAGUGGGAUUGCUGCCUUGCUUAUACCCGGUGGAAGAACUGCACAUUCAAGAUUCGGUAUCCCUUUUACAAUAGACGAAUGCUCUAUGUGUGGAGUUACACCAAAUACACCGUUGGCAUCGCUGCUGAUCAAGGCUAAACUUAUCAUAUGGGAUGAAGCGCCAAUGAUGCACAAGCAUUGUAAUCCUGUUGCAUCUAUCGUUGAUAGCACUUACCCAAAUUUGUUAGGAAACAUUGGUAAAGCAAAAUAUUUUCAAAGUAGAGCAAUAUUGGCGCCAAAGAAUACCAUUGUUGAACAGGUUAAUGAUUAUGUGUUCAACUUGAUUCCUGGUGAAGAAAAAAUCUAUUUGAGUUACGAUACACCUUAUCAUAAAAACAUAGAUGGUGACGCCGUAGAUGACAUCCACACUCCUGAAUUCCUCAACACCAUUGUGGCGUCCGGAUUUCCAAAUCAUCGGUUGCGACUGAAAGUAGGAGCACCUGUCAUGUUACUCAGGAACAUGGAUCAAAGUUUGGGCUUAUGUAACGGUACGAGAUUGAUCAUUACAAAGAUGGGAAAAUUUAUGCUCGAAGGACGGGUAAUAUCUGGUUCUAAUAUCAUUGAGAAGGUGUUUAUUCCAAGGUUAUCGCUAACACCAUCUGAUAAUAGAAUUCCUUUCAAAUUUAAACGAAGGCAGUUUCCGAUAUUUGUCUCAUUUGCAAUGACUAUUAACAAGAGUUAG